UGUCGGUCGGAGUCCACAAAGGGGACUGGCUUAGAGGCUAACGAAUGUUUCUCUCGGAGAUCGUUACAAACCAUGGAUGAUUGGCUUGGGCUGUGGCUUCUAAGCGUGCUUUGUUAUACCCUUUUUGUUUGCAAGCCAACCGACAUCUUUUUCUCUCUUGUUCUUAGGUUUCUCAAGAUAUAUUCUGAAGAUAUGCUCAAGGUCUCAUUAGAGGAGCCAAAUUAAUUAUCUGGGAUUAACUGGCAGCUCUCCUGAAAGCUAGUUUGGUUGUUUGAAUCUAUAUAUAUAGUUGAAUGCUAUGAAGAAGUGGUAAUUAAGCUCGGGACUUUGGAGGCAGCUUUCCUACAGGAUGGGAGGGAGGAGGGUUUUUGCUGGGACUUUUCUUGUGAUUUUUCUUCUGAUUGGUUUCACCGGAGGCCUAGAUGCUUCGGAGACGAAGGAUCCAAGAGCCCAUCCCAACCUAUCCCCAUUUGAGCAAUGGCGGAGUGCUUAUGAUUGCCUGCAAAAUAUUUCAACCUACCAAAAAGAAAAUUGUCCGGAGAAAUACCAGUUGACAGCAAAGGGGUGGGUGAACGUAACGACGGGUGACACCGAGCUUUACUGUGGCCGUUGUAAAGAUCACACGUUAAAUCUUCUGGGAUGCCUUGAAGAUGUGAUGCGGCAGCCGCACUACAAGUUUGAAAGUGGCGAGAGAGUGGCCGACAUCAACUAUACGAUCGCACAAGGGUGCUUGGAAGGUUUCACUGGAGAAGCUCUAAAGCGGAGCAAUGCAAGAACAUUGAAGGGGAGCAAGACCGCGACAUACAUUUCAGUUUUAGCAGCAUGGCUUUUCAUAACCUAUAUGACGAUGUAAUAUUUACCAUAGAAAAAAAUAUAACGAUGUAAUAAGCCGCAUAGUCGAUACAUAAAGCUGUACUCCAUGAUGGUUCUUAUUUUAAAUAAGAAAUAAAGUUCCAUAUGCAUUCAACUA